GUAUCCCUCUUCCACACAUAUGCCGGAACGUUAUGCAAAUAGCACAAGCUGUUCAGAUAAGCUCGCUGGCACAUAUUGCCCAACCAGAUCUUAUCAUUCGUGUAGCGCCCAGCAUUCAGAACAGACGUCGUCAUUUUGAGGAGCCUAACAAUAUGUCCACGCUCGAGAACGAGGUGACCUUUCGCAAACGAUUGGAAGUCAAUCAAAAUCUAGAGGCGCAUUUUCAAAGCUCCUCCUCAUCGGACUUCAUUGUAAUUACCGAUCAUCGCACCUCCAAGUCCAAGAGCCUCGAACAACUGGAGGCAGCCAGACAGGACAAUGACGCCAACUGUUGUGCGCCCAGCCUGCAAAAUAUUUUCACAAUGAAGACACUGAAGCGACGGCUCCCCAUUCUAAGCUGGCUGCCAAAAUACAGCAGUACCGAUGCCAUUGGGGAUCUCAUCGCCGGCAUUACCGUGGGCCUAACCGUCAUUCCGCAGGGUCUGGCAUAUUCGGGAGUCGUUAGUCUGCCUCCAGAGUACGGCCUCUAUGGCUCCUUUAUGGGCUGCUUCGCAUACGUGCUCUUCGGCAGCUGCAAGGACAGCACGCUUGGCUCCACGGCUGUGGCCUCGCUGAUGACCUACCAGUUCGCUCAGGGAUCCUUGCAGCGUUCAAUACUGUUGACCUUCCUCACUGGCAUCGUGGAGAUACUGAUGGCUGUCUUUAAGCUGGGGUGCCUUGUGGAGUUCGUUUCGGGUCCUGUGAGUGCAGGAUUCACAAGCGCCGUAGCGCUGAUCAUUUCCUCCUCACAGAUGAAGAAUAUUCUGGGUGUGAACAGUGACGGCGCCUCCUUUCUGCAGCGUUGGAUCAGCAUGAUCAACGACAUUGACAACAUUCGAGUGCCGGACGCCUGUCUAGGCAUCGCCUGCGUAUUUCUGCUUACGGCCAUGCGCAGUCUGAAUCGUCUGACCAUUGGUCCAAAGGAUCCGGCGCAACGCAACUGGGCUCAGCGUGUCGUCAAUAAAGUCCUGUGGUUCAUGGGCACUUCUCGCAAUGCUAUAGUUGUUGUCGGCGCUGCCGUUAUGGCCAUGUAUCUGGAGCAUAUUGGACACAAUCCUUUCCGCUUGACGGGCUACAUACCGCCUGGCCUCCCUACUUUUAAGCUACCACCAUUUUCAAUCGAGGCAGUACCGGGAAAUGCUACCGCUGGCAUAGAGGAGGUGCCUGCCGAAUCCUUCUUCGACAUGGUUCAGGACUUGGGCUAUGGUCUGAUUAUAGUGCCUGUUAUAGCGAUGUUGGAGAAUGUCGCGGUCUGUACGGCCUUUGCCAAGGGAAAAGCUAUAGAUACCUCGCAGGAGUUGAUUGCCACAGGCGUGGCAAACAUAGCCAACUCGUUUGCUAGCGGCUAUCGGUGCAAUGGCGGCCUGGCGCGUUCGGCCAUCAACAAUGCCAGUGGCGCACGCACCCCAAUGUCCAAUCUAUAUAUCGGUCUAGUCGUAGUGCUAGCGCUCUCCUUCCUGGCCGAAUACUUCUCUUUCAUACCCAAGGCGGUGCUGGCAGCCAUACUCAUUGCAGCGGUCAUAUUUCAGGUGCAAUAUCAAAUUAUUAUACCGAUGUGGCGCAGCAAACGGUCCGAUCUAGUGCCCGGCAUUUUGGCUUUCAUCUUUUGCCUGGUGCUGCCUUUGGAAAUUGGCAUUAUGGUCGCCAUUGGGUUCAAUCAACUAUACAUACUCUAUCAUUCUGCCCGGCCAAAGGUCACACUGGAAACCCUGGAAACGGAGCACGGCAUCAAGUUUGUGAAGAUCACCCCUGAUCGCUGUCUGAUCUUCCCCUCUGUGGAGUUUGUGCGCAAUCUGGUGCUGAAGUCGGGAACGAAGACAACGCUGCCUGUUGUUAUCGAUUGCACCUACAUAUAUGCCGCCGAUUUUACGGCCGCCAAAGUAAUUUCGUCGAUGGUGGAUGACUUUCGACGACGCCAACAAAAGAUCAUAUUCUUUAAUUUAAAGCCCAGCGUGGUCAGCGUUUUUGAGGGACUGAACACGAAAUUGGUUAUAUGCUACAACAUGCAUGCCCUCAGCCACGAGCUGUUGCCAGAUGGGGAUCUCACCCGCUCAGUGGACUCCCUGGAAACAGGCACCCAAGCCAGUGAGUGCAUCAGCAUGGCCAGCACCCUCUCCCUCGCAAAGAGCUAGGUGUCGAUAAAAAUGCAUAUUAAUUUAUGGUACAGAUCACCUUCAUUAUCUAAUCACGGUGCACGCGCAUUUAGCACAAUCGUCUCCAUUGUGGUCUUUAAAAAUACUGGCCGGAUCAAUGGCCAAUCAUAUGGUGCUCACUUGUCAAUGAAAGGCCUUAAAUAUUGGCAUAUUUUUUCGAUUAGAUAGUGCGGAAGGUGUCCAAAAAUGUUAUAUAGUAGUCUUAAAUGUGUGAUUUAAUAAAUUAUACGAACUUA